CACUGACUCAUACAUGUCACACUUUAAAUAUACCAUUUACUAAUUAAAAUCUUGUGUUCGCCACAUUUUCUUCCUUCAUCUUUAUCUCUUAAAACCUCUUACUUUCUCUCUCCUAGGGAACUUCAAUUUAUCAUUAUUUACCUCGCCAUGGAUCCAUACAAGUUUCGACCAUCAAGUGCGAACAAUGCUCCUUAUUGUACCACAAAUUCUGGUGCACCUGUUUGGAAUAACAACUCUUCAUUAACUGUUAGUCACAGAGGCCCAAUCCUUUUGGAGGACUACCAUCUGGUGGAAAAGCUUGCCAACUUUGAUAGAGAGCGUAUACCAGAACGUGUUGUUCAUGCCAGGGGAGCUAGUGCUAAGGGAUUUUUUGAAGUUACUCAUGAUAUCUCACACCUCACAUGUGCUGAUUUCAUGCGUGCUCCUGGUGUCCAGACACCUGUAAUUGUUCGUUUCUCCACUGUUAUUCAUGAACGUGGCAGUCCCGAAACCCUUAGGGAUCCUCGUGGUUUUGCUGUGAAGUUUUACACCAGAGAGGGUAACUUUGAUCUUGUGGGGAACAAUUUCCCUGUGUUUUUCAUUCGUGAUGGAAUGAAAUUCCCGGAUAUGGUGCACUCCCUCAAGCCCAACCCCAAAUCUCACAUUCAAGAAAAUUGGAGGGUCAUGGAUUUCUUCUCUCACCAUCCUGAGAGUUUGCACAUGUUCACUUUCCUCUUUGAUGAUAUUGGAGUUCCUGCAAACUACAGGCAUAUGGAAGGUUCUGGUGUUAACACAUAUACUCUGAUUAACAAGGCUGGCAAAGUACACUACGUGAAGUUCCACUGGAAGCCAACAUGUGGAGUGAAAAGCCUGUUGGAGGAUGAGGCCAUAAAAGUUGGAGGAGCUAACCACAGCCAUGCUACUCAGGAUCUGUAUGACUCAAUUGCUGCUGGCAACUAUCCUGAAUGGAAACUCUUCAUCCAGAUCAUAGACCAAGCUGAUGAAGACAAGUUUGACUUUGACCCGCUUGAUGUUACAAAGACAUGGCCUGAGGACAUCUUGCCUCUACUGCCAGUUGGCCGUAUGGUCUUGAACAAGAAUAUCGACAACUUUUUUGCAGAAAACGAACAACUGGCAUUUUGCCCGGCUAUCGUUGUUCCUGGAGUCUCCUACUCCGAUGACAAGCUUCUUCAGACUCGAAUCUUCUCCUAUUCUGAUACCCAAAGACACCGUCUUGGUCCCAACUACCUGCAACUUCCAGUUAAUGCCCCCAAGUGCUCUCAUCACAACAAUCACUAUGAUGGUUUCAUGAACUUUAUGCACAGAGAUGAGGAGGUCGACUACUUCCCAUCAAGAUAUGAUCCUGUUCGUCACGCUGAGAGACAUCCCAUUCCUUCAAACGUCAUAAAUGGAAAGCGUGAAAGGCAAAUCAUUGCGAAGGAAAACAAUUUCAAGCAGCCUGGAGAGAGAUACAGAUCAAUGGACCCAGCCAGGCAAGAGCGAUUCAUCUGCAGAGUGGUUGAUGCUUUAUCUGAUCCUCGCAUCACUCAUGAGAUCCGCAGCAUAUGGGUUUCAUACUGGUCUCAGGCUGAUAAAUCUCUGGGUAUGAAAGUAGCAAGUAGACUUAAUGUGAGGCCAACUAUGUAAACAUGAUCGACAUGAACGGAUGCAUUAUUUGGGGAUCGAGACGAGGACAGUAUCGUGAAGAAUUGUAAUAUCUAGUUACUUUGUGAUAUACUAUAAAUUCUGUGAUAGUACACUCAGCAUAGAACAGAACUGAUAUUUAAGUUUCUGUUGUUUGUGUUACAGACUUGCAGUACAAUGAGCAUGUGUCCUGUAAUCUCAUUUUGUUUCCUAAUAAAAUUGGAUGUGUAUCCCUAUUGAUUUUACUAA